UCGACAUAAUUGUCUCCUGCAGUACACGAGGCUGCCUGUUGAGUGGUGAGUAACAUUAUACCGACAAUAAUGAGCGAGGGGUUGGGAGUUAUUCUCCAAUCUAACACAAGAGUGUCUCCUAAAUCCACCCUCAAGAUGAAGACCACCUCCAAAAGCCACUAAAGAGCUCCAGCUGCAUGCCCGUCCUCCAGCAUCUCUCCUGUACCUUCACAGCCUCACACACAGAACACCCUGGAGAGGAAAGUGCGCGCUCUUUGCAAGGUUUUGGGCAAUAAUUCAAAUGCUAUCCUGUAUAUAUUUGUACGAAGAUCAUCAAGGGGACCACAGAGACAAGAAGAGAGAAGAACUAUAUCAUGCAACUGAUAGUAUGCCUCCUGAUUAUCCUCCACUUGAACACUGCGUCCAAUGCUGACAACUGUCCUGAUGCCUGUGAGUGCUCAGAGUGGAGGACUCGCACCAUCUCUUGCAUUGACAUUGAUCUGAUCCCCAAUUUCCCGGCAAGCACAGAGACACUAUGGCUUUUCGAGACGCGCCUGUCAUCGGUGCCAUCGGACGCCUUCGCCAACAUGGAAAAUAUCUCGCGAAUAUAUAUAUCAGUGGAUGUGACCCUGCAAAGGCUUGAGAGGAACUCAUUUCACGGCCUGAGGAAAAUCACCCACAUAGAAAUACGGAAUGCCAAGAAUUUAACCUACGUUGACCCAGAAGCCUUUAAGAAUCUCCCGAACCUGAAAUACUUGGGGAUUCUCAAUACAGGCCUUAACCACUUUCCUGACUUGAGCAGCAUCCACUCAAAUGACAACAAUUUCAUUGUGGAAAUUGUAGAUCAUCCCCACAUUACGGUCGUCCCGCCUAACUCCUUCUGCGGCAUCACGAGUGGUUUGUUGACAGUGAUGCUGUAUGGGAACGGCUUCAGGGAAAUCCAACAUCAGGCAUUCAAUGGGACCAAGCUGGAUCAAGUUGAUCUUCACAGGAAUAAGUAUUUGACCAAGAUGGACGAAAGAGCUUUUGACGGCGCCAUCAGCGGGCCCAUGCUUCUAGACAUAUCCCAGACGGGGAUCGCCUCGUUGCCCGCCAGCGGUAUGGAGUCCCUCAGAGAGCUGAAGGCCCGCAAUGCGUGGGCACUCAAGAAAUUGCCACCCAUCAAAACCUUCAAGCACCUCACCACGGCCAACCUCACCUACCCCAGUCACUGCUGCGGCUUCAAAAACCUCAAGAAGAAACGAGGAUUUUGGGAGUACAUCUUCUGCAACAUGACGGCGUUCAGUGAGCAGCAUCGUAAGCGUUCUGUGGCGCCGACCCUCGAAGGCGUGGUCAAAGACAUCCCGGAGGAACCCUACGAGAGCGAUUACGCAGGCGGCUUCCACGGCAGCUUGUACUACCACGCCUAUUUUGGUGGCCAUCCGGAUGAGGACGUGGGCUUUGGCGAGACCCUCAUGAACCCUCAGGAGGACCAGAGCGAAAGCUUUGAUAAUCGCCACGAUUACGUGGUGUUGUGCGACGAGGGGGAGGAGGUGCUGUGCGCGCCCGUGCCCGAUGAGUUCAACCCGUGCGAGGACAUCAUGGGCUUUGCUUUCCUACGGGCGUCCGUGUGGUUUGUGAGCCUACUGGCUGUUCUGGGCAAUGCGGCGGUUCUCCUGGUGCUGCUCACCAGCCACUACAAGCUCUCCGUGUCACGUUUCCUCAUGUGCCACCUGGCCUUCGCCGAUCUCUGCAUGGGGAUUUACUUGCUGCUCAUCGCCUCGGUGGACCUCCACACGCGGGCAGAGUACUUCAACCACGCCAUCGACUGGCAGACGGGUCCCGGCUGCGCUCUGGCCGGGUUCUUCACCGUGUUUGCCAGCGAGCUGUCCGUCUACACGUUGACCGUGAUCACGCUGGAAAGGUGGUACGCCAUCACGUUUGCCAUGCGACUGGAUCGAAAGCUGCAUCUUCACCACGCGGCGGCGGUGAUGCUGGGGGGCUGGAUCUUCUGCCUCCUGCUGGCGCUGCUGCCACUCGUGGGGGUGAGCAGCUACCAGAAGGUCAGCAUCUGUCUCCCCAUGGACAUCCAAACCACCGAGGCUCUGGUCUACGUCAUCUCCGUGCUGGUCCUCAACGUCAUGGCCUUUCUUGUGAUCUGCGCUUGCUACAUCAAGAUUUACUGCACGGUGCACAAUCCGCAAUACCGCUCUGGAUCGAAGGACACCAACAUAGCGAAGCGCAUGGCCGUCCUGAUCUUUACCGACUUUCUCUGCAUGGCACCGAUUUCCUUUUACGCCAUGUCGGCCGUAUUGGACCAGCCGCUCAUCACGGUCUCCAACUCCAAGAUCUUGUUGGUGCUCUUCUAUCCACUCAACUCCUGCGCCAACCCCUUCCUUUAUGCCAUUUUCACCAAAGCCUUCAGAGGGGAUGUGUUUAUCCUCCUCAGUAAAAUCGGUCUGUGCCAGCGGCAGGCUCAACUGUUCAGAGGUCAGACAGUUUCCUCUAAAGGCAGCAGCGGGGCAUCCCAAAUCCGAAAAGACAAGGACAAGUUCAGAAAAGGAAGAAGUCCGGGCCAGAAAAACGCAACUAUUCACCUGAAGAAUUGCUCUGCGUGUUCAUACCAUCCGGUGACCGGCCUGCGGGCCAACCUUGAGGAGAACCAGAACCUGGAGACGUGAGCUAAACACCAGCCGCAGCCCUCGGAGGAAGAGACGUCGAGGCCUUGAAGUCCUUGCCGGCAGAUCUGUUUGAAUAUUUAACAGAAUGCUCCAGCGGGCUUCCAUUCCAACUUCAGCUGUUUUCACAAUUUCAGCUGGGAGGAUUUUUAUGGUUCCAGUUGGUGGGGAAUAUCAAGUGUCACUGAAAUAUGACUUUGACCUCAUCUCUUCAACGGUGAGGCCUUGUUAUUGAGGCACAGUGUGGCAGGCGUUUGGCACGAGGAGAGAUUUGACUCCUGCUUGCAUACCGAUUUUGGAAAUGAAAAUUGAGCACAUAAAGUAAGACUUCAACAUUCAAACGAUCUGCACUCAUUGCAUUUCCCUCCACCGCAAUGACCAUAACGUUGAGUGGCGAUGUCUGUCGCAGUCGCACUAUUCAUGGUUUAUUGUGUGUGUCAAAUCGUUACAACAAACAAGUUUCAUGAUUUUAUUCGGAGUAUUCUCAUGGAAUCUAAAUUUUUGGAUUGCUUCACAACAUUCCCCUUGAAAAAUGACUUGCUUCUUUUUAAAACUGCUAGUUUGUUCUGAUCAUUUUCUCAUGCAAUGAUGACUUCCUCUUGUAAAACAUUUUUGAAGAUAUACUGUACUUUCCGACAUUAUGCUAGUA